CAUACGAACGAACGAAAGAACGAACGAACGAGGAGAAAAAAAGAAAGAAAGAAAAGGAGAGAACAAGGAUUAUAUCGGUGGUGGUGUUCGGUGGCGGUGCUAUCGGUGUUGGAUGAGGUGGUGGUAUUAGUAAUAGUGAGUAGUAAUAUAGUAGUAAUAGCAGCAGUACUGGUAAUAGUAGUAGUGUGAAGAAGGUGGACGGUGACCGGUGACACGAACGUGGUGUGUGUGCGUGUUUUUCGGUACUUCUCGCCGAUAUCGUUCGGCGAACGUUGGAUGUAUCUCUCUCUCUCUAAGUAAAUGACGUCGGGAGUAUAUAGCGUAUAGAAAAAGAAAGAAAGAAAGAGAAAGAGAAAGAGAGAGAGAGAGAGAGAGAGAGAGAGCAACGCGUGUAUGAGGUAGGACGCGCCACGACGCGCCACGACGCGAACUAUCCGAGAUAUCCCUCGAUACUUGCAAUUAGAACGAAAACCUGCAGAGAGAGAGAGAGAGAGAGAGAGAACGAAAUAUAUAGAGAUACAUACACACGUAUAUAAUAAUUAUAAUAAUAAUUAUAAUAACAAUAAUAAUAAUAAUAAUAAUAAUAAUAAUAAUAAUAAUAAUGGAGAAUAGACCGACGCCACUACGUUCGAGGCGAGUAUGCAGAUUCUGCUUAACCGAGAGCGAACCUUUGAGUUUCAUAUACGAGAGGGAUCACAACAAGCCUUUCCAAGUGCCGCUAACCCUGCAGAUCAUGUCGUGCGUUGCCAUCGAGGUUUACGCAGCGGACGGGAUGCCGCAGAUGAUAUGCAACAUGUGUAGAUGGAACUUGGAUCGUUCUUACAAGUUCAAGUCGCAAUGUAAGAAAGCGGACGAAGCUUUAAGAGCUUACCCUUUGUCGGGUGUUUUGCCACGUCCCUUUCCGCCGAUACCGAACGAUCCACCGGAGAGUGGUACAAAGAGAUUGGCCGAGCAGAGAACGCAAAACGAGAGUGUGAAAAAGCCACGCGUUGACAACGGGGACAGAGAUAGACGCGAUAACAGAGAACGAGACAGGGACAGAGAAAGGGAAAGAGAAAGACAAUCGGAGAAAGUACGGGAGAAGAGCGAGUCGCGUCAUGAUUUUUACGAGGAGGAUCAAGAUGCAGGUAGCGAGGGCGAACAAGAGUCUAACGAUACGAAAGAGGAACGAGCUAAGUUAGAACCCGGUGAGAUAAGGGUUCACGCGUGCGACCAAUGCGAACGUACAUUCCCACUUAGGCAGGCACUCGCCCUGCACAUUCAGCGUGCCCAUCGCGAUAGAAAUUACAAGUGCACCGAAUGCGACCGUAUGUUUUUCUCGAAAUACGAUUUGAGCAAGCACAUGGCCACUCAUUCCGAGGAAAAGCCAUUCUCGUGUCAGGUAUGUCACAAGCAAUUCUCACGAACGAGUUUGCUGCAGCGACACGAGAAGUUACAUCGCGACGAAUUACGUUUCGCUUGUCAACACUGCGAGCUCGAAUUUUUUACCAACGAGGAAUUGCAAAAGCACGAAGAUACGGUACACAAGAAGGACAAGCCCUAUCAAUGCAAUAUCUGUAACAAACGGUUCUCGUACAAACAAGGCUUGGAACGUCACGAGAUGAUGCACAACGAAGACAAGACGUUCGUUUGCGAAUAUUGCAAGGAAGCCUUUCGUACCAGUACGAAAUUAGCGCGACAUUUGACGACUCAUGCCGGGCAUAGGCCGUAUCUUUGCAAAUUAUGCCCGCGUACCUUCCUUCUAUCUCAUCAUCUAACGAGACACAUGCGCACACAUUCCGUCGAGAAGCGUCACGUUUGCGAGGAUUGCGGUAAGGCGUUCAAACGUAAGGAGAGCCUCGAGGUACAUCUCUUGACGCACACCAAACGCACCGGUAUGGGCUUGACCUGCGACGUUUGUCAAGAAUCGUGUCGCAACAGGGCGGAUUAUGUUACCCAUAUAAAGCAGCACAUCGAGGCAGGCGAAAAAAUGGGACCGGAUGGUUUACAGCCGGACAAUAAGAAUAAAGUUGAAUUGGAUUCGGAAGAGGAAGAGGAAGAGGAGGAACAAUAUUCCGAUGGGGACGACGAUUACGAGCCACCGGCUUACAUAAUUAAAAAACUUCCGAAGAAUAAGCCCACCGAGAGCGAGGAGGAGGUCGAUAGAGUCGACAAAGAGGAUCGUAAGGAACACGUGGUGUAUGUCAGAGGUAAGGACGGUAACAUGGUGAAAAAGACGAUCAAAACUUUGAUGCCGGUGCAACGCAGAGAGGUACAGGAUACAAAAUCUAAAGCUAAUCCUAGCAACGCUCCGUCCAACGUCAAGACAACGCAAUUGAAGGAGGAGAGUCAAAAGUCUACUCGCGUAGACGAUACCGAGGCACAGGUACAAAAGAUCGUAGCGUCUGUCUUUAAGGAACAUAAAAUCCCUUUGAAACAUCAGAACGUUGUUGGUCAGGAACUCGCGAAGGACGGUACACCGUCCUCUAGCAGCGGUCAAAGCGUCAAAUCUCAAACGUCGUCGCAAAGCUCACAGGCACAGGUAUCUUGCAAGGAGGAGAAAGUCGACAUAUCUACGAUCGGUGGUACCCCGAAAUCGGUGAACACGGUUAAGGUUAUCAAGAGAAUCGUGGUGAGGAAGCCAGGUACAGGUGGAGAAACCUCGACCGUAACAACGUCGACCAGCAAAGAGAGCGGUGAAUCGUCCAAUCUCGUAACCCAAGCUACGUCAUCGAGUGGACACAAGGUCACGAAAAGAGUGAUAGUACGUAGAAUCAUUCGACAGGGUGAUACUACGAGAGAGGUGAUCAUGAAUCCCGACGGUACGAUAAUAGAUCCGGCCGAAUUGGCUAAGUUGCCUACCGGUAAUGUCGUUAAAAGAGUUAUCGUUAAGAAACCAUUGGAUAAAAGUUCGGGGUUGGUACAGGCAGUCCUUCAAUCCACCUCGGAUAACCGACCAACCACAACCACGUUAAAAACGAACGAGUCCAUGUCAACGGAUUCGCCGAAGUUCGAGUUAAAGACCUCGCAAUCUUCGAACAUGUCAUCGUCGACGUCGAAGACCACGGUAGCGCAAAAAGUGAGUCUUACCAAGGGCGAUCAAGAAACUAAAGAGAAAUUGGAACAAUUGGAGAAACGCGUCGAACAGCAACGUCUUAAGAUCGAAGAGCUUCAAGCUAGGAAGCAACAGGAAUACGAACCGAUAGACGAGAUGUUGCCAGAGAGACACGACGAGUCCGAGGACGAACAACAAUUACCAUUGAAGAGGGUAUUCGUAAAGAGGAAGCAAAGUAUUUACGACGAGGAACAGGAAUAUAACGAUGACGUUAAGCCUGUCACAUAUAGCGGCACGUCCGAGAAAGAGGAUCACGAGCAGCAAGAGACUAAAGAUGAUAAUCAGGAUAAUGUUCAAAAAUUACCUGUUAUAACGACUACGGCGACUACGACGACAACGAUAACGACGGAUUCCGUACAAAUCGAAGUUCCUUCGUUAUCGACAACGGUCGCUACAUUGACGACCGUACCACCGCCUACUACGACAGCCUUGGUAUUAGCCACUCCUAUUUCUACCUCGAGAAAAGAACCCAGACAAACGACCUUGACAAGCUCAAAGGUAUACGCCAACAAAAAGAUUAUCGUCGUUAAAUCCGAAGAAACGUCGGAGGUCGACGAAAUGAAUCGAGAACUUAGCAGCAUCCUCGAUUCGGCCGACACCGUUGCUAAGAUUCAAGAAACGGUAUUGACCAAUCUAACUCAAAUUUCGGCGGUCGCUGAUAACUCGCAAAAGUCUUACGCGAGUGAUAAGUUAAAAGGUACCUCGUCGCACGUAACGACCACGCCAUCUACUACUCCAAUGGAGAUCGAAGAGACAACGAUCGCCGAGCAAGAAACUAUCAACGAUAAGGAACAAGAAGAGAAUUUGAAACUUCAAAGGGUCGUAACGAUGGACGUAUUGAACACCCAAGUUAUCGAAUUCAAGCCCGAAUUAGAACAGGCCACUGAACAGAUCGUCGAACAGGACGAUAAUCAAGAAUCGACUUUGACCUUGGACACUCAAGAUCUAUCGGAAUCCACUGAUAUCUUCGAACCAUCGGACAAUGUUCUCGAUGUACAGAAAAACGAUAAUACUUUGGAGGAUUCGGUCAUCGAGUUGCAUCACGAGAACGAUACGAUUAAUUUGAAUGACACUAAUGACAGUCAAGACAGUCUCGAGGAUAAACUCUCCCAAAUGGAAGGUUGAACAGAACUAUUUUAUUAUAUUAAAGUGUCUCUCAAAAUGGAUCCACGAUACUACUACUAUUAUUACUACUACUACUACUACUACUACUACUACUACUAUCACUACUAUUACUACUGCGACUACUAAACUUUUUAAAAAUUCUUUAAACGAUCUAUUUCUUCUUCUACUUCUUUUUUUUUUUUUUUUAGGUAUAAAUUUCUUUUUUUUUCUCUCUUUUUUUUUUUCAAGGACAGUAAGACCCACGACCGACUUUUCAAAAUUAAUAUUCGACGAAUAAACGUUAUUGCAUUGUCACAUAUACAUAUAUAUGUACAUUUUAUCCAUAUGUUGCAUUCGUUCUUUACAACUAUAAUCACACAUACACAUACAUGCACUUUUUCCUUUAAUGAAACAAUUGUUUAACGAUCGUCGUACGGAUUAGAUGAUGAUAUUCACAUUUUCUUUUAUUACUUAUGCGUUAUUAUUUUAAACAGUCUAUUUCUAUCAGGG